AUGCUUCGGUGCUGGCUCGCUGGUUACGGUGGUGCUGCCAAAAAGCCCUCUCCAUUUUUGCUGUGGAUUGUCCAUGUCUCUGCCAUGACUCUCUCCCGCGCCCCGGACCGCGAUAUCCGUCGUGAGAAAGGGGGGAGAAACUUUAUAUCUACUCCCCCGGAAUAUGGACUCGAGACAGACAGUGUCUCUCAUCAUCCAGUUUUUAUCUCUCAUUCUCAUUUCAUUUUCGGUAAAAGAUCAAAUGCAUCUCCCUUGGGCCGCCUUUCGGUCGGAAAUGACACCGCCAAAGAGGAAGAGCAGAAGGAGGAUGAGGAGGAGGAGGCUGUGAGACACGUGGAUUUGCUCAUGCGGCUACCACAUGAGUGUUGGUCAUGACCCGCAUGAAUCCUACCGGCAAAUUAGCAUCUUGUAACCCAAAACAAAUGAGGAAACAGCAUGUUAGGGCGGGCAGAAUAAGAAAAAAGCGUCUGUAGGAUGCUAAGUCUUCGGCAG